ACAGUAUCACUUACAGUAGCAAAAACUUUGUUUAUUUUGUGGACUCAGAAGUCGUGACCUACAUCUUAACGUCGUCGUUUCAUCUCUGUAAUCAACUGCCAACGCCGGAAACAAUCAACAAUGUCGGUCUCUGGUGGUGCCGUCAUCGUCGGCCGUCGUAAUACCCGCCAUCAUGUCGAUAAUCGUUUUUACUGUCCACCGGCGCUACGAAAACAGAGACAACAACAGCAGGAACAACAGGAACAGGAAUCUACGUUGAUUGAGAAUAACAUGCCAUGUUCCUCUUCUGAUAAUUCCGUUUCUUCUUCUUCAAUCGAUACGACAUGUGAUGCUUCCAAUUUGUGUCGGUUCUUGGAACACACCACUCCUCAUGUUCCCGCUCAAUAUUUUCCUAUGAAAAGUAAGAGGAGAUGGAGACCAAUGGAGACAGAAUUGCAACCAUACUUUGUGCUCGGGGACUUGUGGGAAUCUUUCAAGGAGUGGAGUGCAUAUGGGGCUGGUGUUCCAUUGGUGUUGUCUGGGAAUGAAUCUGUUACUCAAUAUUACAAUGUAUCUUUGUCUGCUAUUCAGCUUUAUAUUGAUCCAUCAAAACCGUCCCCGCAGUUAAGGAAACCCAGUAAGGAAAGUGAUUCUGAAUCAGCUAGAGACACAAGCAGUGAUAGCAGCAGUGGCUAUCGUCAUGAUAGAGGUGCUAAGAGUGUAAUUAAUGGCAGUUCGAAGCAGCCUAACUUUUCAGAUGCAAGCAAUCUUAGUCUGGAAAGAAUGUCACUUGGAAGUAAACCCUUAGCAGGUUCAUCAAGUGAUGAGAACGGAAGCUGCAGUGCAAUUGGUCAGCUUGUAUAUGAAUACUUUGAGCGCGAAACACCUUAUAAUCGCGAACCAUUAGCAGAUAAGAUUCACGAUCUUGCUGAACAAUUUCCUGAUUUGAAGACAUACCGGAGCUGUGAUCUUUCACCUUCAAGUUGGGUUUCAUUGGCUUGGUAUCCAAUAUAUAGAAUACCUGUCGGUCCCACACUACAGGACCUGAGCGCGUGCUUCCUCACCUUCCAUUCCCUGUCAACACCUUUAAAAAGUCCAACUACCGUAAAUUGUUCAAAAGAUAAGGAUAUAUGGUCCAAGCUAUCACUACCAAUAUUUGGCCUUGCCUUUAACAAGUUCAAAAUUUCUGUCUGGGAACCUGAAGGGGAUUCUGAAGGUCAGAAAUCCAAUUCUCUAUGGCGAGCUGCUGACAACUGGAUUAGGCAAUUGCAAGUUAACCAUCCUGAUUACAAAUUCUUUAAUUCUCACUAUACAUAUUGUAGGUGAGUCUGAGUUUUCUCUAAUAAACUGAAGUAGUCAAGUCUCAGCUUAUGAAGUCGCCACUGGCACCUGGUAUACUGUUGUUUUUUUUGUUGCAAGGAACACUUUAAAGUGCUCUCAUAAAAUCAUAUUUAAAGGAUCUGUUCUUCAGUUUUCGGAUGAUGCAAGGCCUUUAACCGACAGUUUCUGCUUUUAUGUAGAAAAGGUUGUCUCUGCUGAAAUGUAUAUUUUAGAUGGUUUUUUGUGCCUAGGUUUGUAUAGACGAUGAGUAACAUUAUAAUUCUCAAUCACAUCCUUAUUGUGAGAUGUAUUUAUCCUACAGAAUUCCAGUACUGCUGGUUUAUUCUUGAUAGGCUAAAUUAAUGGGAUAUUAAAUUAUUAUUUGGACAUCUUUUUUCUUUCUUUCUAUUAUGCGACCAAAAGUACAUUGUAACUGGUUUUCGAUUUUUAUUAGAAUGGAAAGUAACAUAUAGUUGAAA